AUGGUGAAGCUGAACAGUAACCCCAGUGAGAAGGGAACGAAGCCGCCUUCGGUUGAGGAUGGCUUCCAGACCGUCCCUCUCAUCACUCCCUUGGAGGUUAAUCACUUACAGCUACCUGCUCCGGAAAAGGUGAUUGUGAAGACAAGAACGGAAUAUCAGCCUGAACAGAAGAACAAAGGGAAGUUCCGGGUGCCGAAAAUCGCUGAAUUUACGGUCACCAUCCUCGUCAGCCUGGCCCUAGCUUUCCUCGCCUGCAUCGUGUUCCUGGUGGUUUACAAAGCCUUCACCUAUGACCACAGCUGCCCAGAAGGAUUUGUCUAUAAGCACAAGCGCUGUAUCCCGGCCUCCCUGGAUGCUUAUUACUCAUCCCAGGACCCCAGUUCCAGAAGCCGCUUCUACACGGUCAUCAGCCACUACAGCGUGGCCAAGCAGAGCACUGCCCGGGCCAUCGGGCCGUGGCUGUCGGCAGCCGCCGUCAUCCACGAGCCCAAGCCGCCCAAGACCCAGGGCCAUUAG